AUGGCUAUAUCAGUACUCGGCAAUGACGCUGCAAAGAACAACUUCAAGUUAGAACCCCCUUCUAAGCUUCCCAUUUCGGGACUUUCAAUCAAGAAAUCCCCAUUGAACAUUUCGGAUUCUUUAUCACUCGUUGCAGAUUUUGAAGAGAUUUCCUUGUCGAGUAAUUUUGCAUCGCGAAACUCCAUCAGUGAUUCUUUGCGUGAUUCUCUUUCGACUACAGUAUCGUCAUCGUCACCAAAUUACUUCAGUGAUGCAAGCUCUACGCGAAGCAGUGGGGAUUCAUCCAACGAAGAAGAUUUGGAUUCUUCCACUGCCAAUACCACUGUCAGCACUUCGUCAAUUAGCCCGAAUAGUGCUCACCCAGGAUCAGACAGCCGUCAUCAUUCAAUUGAGAAUGUCAGUGUUUCAAGUACCAUGCAUAAACUUCCUAUUAGACUUCCUUCUGCAACUGACGUUACAAAAUCCUUCGCUGAUUAUAGAUCCUCUCGCCAGUCAAAAUCUUCUCACACUUUAGGAAGAGCCGACCCACUCUCACCUCCUCUUACCACUGGUCAACAGCAUUUUCAUCACCAAAGGCAGGCCAGUGGCCCACAGGUAUCACAAUCAACUGGUUCACCUGCUUCUUCCAUGACUUCCACUAUGACUGGCAAUCGUCCUUUAGCCGAUGAUUAUACUUUUGUUCAUAAAAGACUUGCCCGACAGCGAUCUAUUGGAAGUGGUCAUCGAUCUAACGGUAGCAUUACACGAAUCCAACCGGGAGACAUUAACCCACUAAAUUCUAUUCCAACUGAUAUUGUUCCUCCUUCAGCCAACACAAGAAGGGCUUCAACUGGUACCACCUCCAAUCUUACUCGAACCCCCUCUAGAAUGGCGCAUCCCGCCCCAGCUGGUUCCAGAAGAUCCACUCCUUUGCUCAGAAAAGCACUUAGUUCAAGCCAUCUAUCUCAAGCUGGUCUUGGCAUCUAUCCAGUUGAUAAAAACCCUUCCCAAUCCCAUGGAGCACACACUGGUGCUGUUAAUCACAAACAACGAGUACAUCCCCAGGCUACAGCCCCAAUUGAUCCUCAAAUUAGACCCAAACUCAGAACUCAGAGAUCGUCUGGAAGGCUCUCUGCUGAACAACUCGAGUUGCAAUAUGACCAUGAUGAAGGAGUCGAUUAUGAUUUGCCUGAAGAUGCCUUGAUGUGGAAUGUACCAUUAUCACCAGCGCUAUAUGCGAAGUCACGACAAAACUCAUUGGACGGAGCUUCAAAGGCUGCGGGUACAGGUGUUAAUUCUUCAGGAGAACCUCUGAGCCCUCCCUCAGCUCCGUCUUCUGCCGCAGCUGGCCGAAAACGCCGCUCGUCUGUUCACAACUCACCUGAUGUUUCAACUUUGCCAUCGAUUAAUGAGGCAGAGCCCGUACUUUAUUCAAGUGGUCUUGAGAAUCUUGGAAAAGAUGCCCAAGAUUUAACUAUUGCUCUUACACAAUCACCAAAUUGCAACGAUUUUGAUAGAAGAACUAGCGUUGGAAGUAGCUCUAGAAACAGCGUCAGUAGCAGUGGUUAUUCCUCGCGUAGACAGUCACUUCGACGAGUCUCAUCAACAUCCUCGUUUGGUGAAAACAGUCUCACCUCGGAUAUUAGCCAAUAUUCUCUAUCUUCCAAAACUCGACCAACUGGAUUGCCUCCUAAAACUUUGGACGAGGAACAAAAGCACCUUAAGGAAUUUUCAAAGAUUCUAGAGAAAGCUGCUGCUGCUGACAAGAAGCGCCGUUCUAAACAGGAAGCUGAACAACGUACACGGGAAAAACAGCGCGAGAUUGAUGAGUUAGAAUGGAAAAAUAAAGUCAUGCCGAAUCUUUCGAAAGCUGUCAGUGAAAAGUCGAGUGCUAUCCGUGAGCUAUGGUGGAGGGGAAUCCCUUCACAGUAUAGAGAGCAAGUCUGGAAACAAAAAAUUGGCAACGAACUUCAAAUCACCGCUGCUGAUUAUAAUAAGUAUUUGUCAGAGGCGUCUCGCAGCUUAUCGCCUAAGGACCAUCAAUUGAUUGCUAGCGAUACCAGAUCGGUUUUUGCAGAGCUACAGAUUUUUGGUGAGAAUGGGCCACUUCAUGAUGAUUUGGUUAACAUUAUAAAGGCGUAUGCUAUUUAUCGUCCUAAGGUUGGAUAUAAAUUUAGCAUCACAUCCAUGAGUGCGGUUUUAUUGCUCAACAUGUCAAGUUCUUUAGAUGCAUUUAUUGCUUUAGCCAACAUGUUGGAGGGUUCUCUGACAAUGGCUUUGUUGAUGGGAGAUGAUCGCACUGUAACCUCUUAUUAUACAUCAUUUCUCAAAGUUUUACAUACGAAAGUGGCACCAUUGUACCGACAUUUUCAACACAUCCAACUACCACCCUCAGCUUAUUUGGAGCCAAUGCUGAGUUCCCAAUUCACUAAUCACUUGUCCAUUGAUAUUGUACAUAGAAUCUGGGAUGUGUAUGUAUUUGAAGGAGACGCAUUCCUUUUACGAGUUGCACUUGGAGUCAUUCUUUCAACGGAACAUAGAUUAUAUGGAGAUUCAGCUGAAAUCCUUAAUGAACUCGGAUGGGCUGCCAAAACUCUAAUCAAUGUUGGAGACGAAGACUCGUUUAUGCAAACUGUUAGAGGAUCUCUUAAGGCUUAA